CUGUUCAAGGCAAGCCGCCCAAACGGAUAUGAGGCAACAGUUUGUACAAAAAGAUCAAGGGAAACAUCAUCAAAGUGUUUGCAAAACGAGAACGCAGAAAGGCCUUCGAAAAAGUGCACGCCUAAACCCGGAGUGCAGCAACCAUAGUGAGCACAAACACUCUCUUCCUGUGAACAAGACUAUGCCGGGAAGGCCAGCUGACUGCUCGACAACUCAAGAGUCGAAAGCGGUCGCGUGAAGUCGGAACCGACAACACGCCAACUGACCACCUCCGGAAGCGACCACGGAUAUUUCCAAGCCUUACCGCAAAGAGACCGGGUGACCAAGGAGCACCAUCCCGCAACAGGAACGCCCUAUUUGAUCCCAUUGAGCAUUGGCGGAGGGAACAAGCUUGGCCAAAGGAAUAUUUUGAACCGGACUGUGAAAUGAGUCAUCUACUUGCGAGGAAGAAGUCGGCAUCUUCCCUUCGCCGCAAACGAUCAGGGCUGAGCUCUCUUAAGGCUACCUCCAAUACACCAAGCGACCAAAAGCCGAGGGAGGAGAAAAGUGCGCCAUACCAAGAUCCACGUUAUUCGAUUCUUCUUGAAACGAAGGGCAGUUAUAUGGACAAAUCCGAACUGGAUAUCACAGAUGCCAGCAAACGCCUCUGCAGAACAUUGCUCGAGAAGGAACAGACUGUCCCGAAAGACUCAUUGUUUCAUGAUGAUACGUUUGAUAAGGCCUGCCGAAAAUUGCAAGAUAAAAACGAAGCUAGGGUCAUUCAAGAUAUUUCUCGACUGAUUGUUCCUUCUGCAGAGAAAUGUGCUACAUUUGGUGCCAAAACCUUGGACGUUUUAGUCGAAAGCGUCAAUGAAGGCUGGAAUAACUCCAUCCCCGUUGUUGGCCCUCGUCCGCAGCCUGACUAUGCUGUGGGAUUUAGGCGCGCUGCAUUCACGGAAGAUCAACUUUCGAAGAUCAAGCCCAUUUUAGGUGACGUCAUGGACCUGUCUUUCUUCAUGGCCACAUACUACAUGUAUUUUCCAUUCCUAACAUGUGAAGUGAAAUGUGGUGCUGCAGCACUUGAUGUGGCGGACCGACAGAAUGCUCACAGCAUGACCCUUUCGGUCAGGGCAAUUGUGGAGCUCUUUCGGCUUGUAAAGCGAGAACAAGAGCUCCACCGGCAAAUUCUGGCAUUCUCCAUCUCCCACGACCAUCGAACAGUAAGAAUCUAUGGCCAUUACCCUGUGAUGAAGGGUAAAGAGACUACCUUCUAUCGCCACCCUAUCCGCACUUUCGACUUCACUGAACUAGAUGGCAAAGAGGAAUGGACAGCAUAUAAGUUCACCAAGAAUGUCUAUGACAUAUGGAUGCCAAUGCACUUUGAUAGGAUCUGCUCGGCCAUUGACCAGUUACCGCCCGAUUUCGAUUUUGAGGUCCCGCCGCUUCUACAAUCUGGACUUUCGCAAGAUCUAGAGAGUCAUCAUCUCUCGCGACUGGAGCAAGAAUCUUUAUCGGAGGAGUGUGGCAGCCAGUUGGACAAUGUUGAUCCAGCUGAUAUCCCGGACACCUCUUUUAGUGGACAAGGAGCAAAAAGAUUCAGAAGAAAUGCUGCGAAAUAACAAGAGCGGAUUGUCUACUGGACAGGAGGAGUCGAGAAUUGGCCGGAGAGAGAAGGGUCAUUAGGUGAAUUUCCACUGGUCGCUAACCUCCCUCUGUAUGAACAUGAUCCCAUGUCAGCCCGAGACACAUGCCUGUCAGCCUUGAUCACCGCGCCCGCCAUCAGUGAUGCAGAAUUCCCACGUCCCUCUCAUAGUCUGUGUUCUGGUAGCCUAACGGACUCCGUUCGCUGCGUCGAGUGAAUUGUUGGCUUUAGUUGUACGUCAGCGCCUGUUUGCUAGUGGCUUGUUACGGUCAUAUACACCUUAACGAUUCCAGAAAACAGUGUAGCGAAUAACGCCGCACUGUGGGCAUUUGAUUCUGGUUCCAGUCUCGAGAUUGGUAUACAUGGGAGGGUCCGCACAGAAUUCCUGAGGUUGGCCCUGCAAGACAAGUUGCUUCUUAGGCUCACACAUUGCAAGGGACACAAAAUAAUGUCUUCACUGUCCGUUGCCCAACUGUAAUCCUUGGUUGGGUUCCAACCCAGCACCAGUACAAUUGGAGUAAGGC